UCACGGCUCACUCCACUGUCCACUCCCCCCCACACUCGAAGUUCACGAUGCUCCCCAUGCAGAAACCGCUCCUUUGUCUCCUCCAGCUCGUCCUCGUCGCCUCCACAUCUGCCCUCGCCUCCGGCGCCGGCGCCGGCGACGGCGCGGCGACCUACAUUGUGUACCUGAACCCCGCGCUCAAGCCGUCCCCCUACGCCACGCACCUCCACUGGCACCACGCCCACCUCGACGCGCUCUCCCUGGACCCGUCGCGCCACCUCCUCUACUCGUACACCACGGCGGCGCCGUCCGCGUUCGCCGCCCGCCUCCUCCCGUCCCACGUCGCGGCGCUCCGGGCCCACCCCGCCGUCGCGUCGGUGCACGAGGACGUGCUCCUCCCGCUCCACACUACGCGCUCGCCUUCCUUCCUCCACCUCCCGCCCUACGACGCGCCCGAGGCGGACGGUGGGGGCACGGACGUCAUCAUCGGGGUGCUCGACACGGGCGUCUGGCCCGAGAGCCCCAGCUUCGGGGAUGCCGGUCUGGGCCCCGUGCCGGCGCGGUGGCGCGGGAGCUGCGAGACCAAUGCCACCGACUUCCCGCCGUCGAUGUGCAACCUGAAGCUCAUCGGCGCCCGCGCCUUCUUCCGGGGCUACUCGUCGGGCGGCGGGAACGGUUCCCGCGUCAGCUCCGACCUCAUGUCGCCGAGAGACCACGACGGGCACGGCACGCACACCGCGACGACGGCGGCCGGGGCCGUCGUGGCGGGCGCGAGCCUCCUCGGGUACGCGUCGGGCACGGCGCGGGGCAUGGCUCCCGGGGCGCGCGUCGCGGCGUACAAGGUGUGCUGGAGGCAGGGGUGCUUCAGCUCCGACAUUCUGGCCGGCAUGGAGAAGGCCAUCGAUGACGGCGUCGACGUCCUCUCGCUGUCUCUGGGCGGCGGCGCGAUGCCGCUCUCGCGCGACCCCAUCGCGGUCGGCGCGCUUGCGGCCACCCGCCGCGGCAUCAUCGUCUCGUGCUCUGCCGGGAACAGCGGGCCGUCGCCGUCGUCCCUGGUGAACACCGCCCCGUGGAUAAUCACGGUCGGCGCCGGAACGCUGGACCGGGACUUCCCGGCGUACGCCGCGCUCGGCAACGGCGAGACCCACGCCGGCAUGUCGCUGUACGCCGGCGACGGGCUCGGCGACGGCAGCAAGUUCCCUCUAGUGUACAACAAGGGCAUUCGCGCCGGCAGCAACGCGAGCAAGCUCUGCAUGGAGGGCACGCUGAACGCCGCGGAGGUGAGGGGCAAGGUGGUGCUGUGCGACCGGGGCGCCAACUCGAGGGUGGAGAAGGGGCAGGUGGUGAAGCAGGCCGGCGGCGUGGGGAUGGUGCUCGCGAACACUGCCCAGAGCGGCGAGGAGGUCGUGGCGGACAGCCACCUGCUCCCGGCGGUGGCCGUCGGCGCCAAGAGCGGCGACGCCAUAAGGAGGUACGUGGAGUCGGACGCCAACGCGGAGGUGUCGCUAUCCUUCGCCGGCACGGCGCUCGACGUGCGCCCGGCGCCGGUGGUGGCCGCGUUCAGCUCCCGCGGGCCGAACAGGGUUGUGCCGCAGCUACUCAAGCCGGACGUGAUCGGCCCCGGUGUGAACAUCCUGGCCGGGUGGACAGGGUCCCUCGGGCCCACCGGGCUGGCCGCCGACGAGCGGCGGUCGGCGUUUAACAUCCUGUCAGGGACAUCCAUGUCGUGCCCGCACAUCAGCGGCCUGGCGGCGUUCGUGAAGGCGGCGCACCCGGACUGGAGCCCCAGCGCCGUCAAGUCGGCGCUCAUGACCACCGCCUACACCGCGGACAACACCGGUUCGCCCCUCCUCGACGCGGCGACCAACGCCACGGGCACGCCGUGGGCCUUCGGCGCCGGCCACGUGGACCCCGUCAGGGCGCUCUCCCCGGGCCUCGUCUACGACGCCUCCGCCGACGACUACGUCGCCUUCCUCUGCGCCGUCGGCGUCCCGGCGCGGCAGGUCCAGGCGGUCGCGGCGGCGGGCGCGGGGCCCAACGUGACGUGCGCGCGGAAGCUGUCCAGCCCCGGGGACCUCAACUACCCGUCCUUCUCCGUCGUGUUCGGGCGGAGGUCGUCGCGCAGCGCGGUGAAGUACCGGCGCGAGCUGACCAACGUCGGCGACGCCGGGGCCACGUACGGCGUCAAGGUCGCCGGCCCCAGCGACAUCAGCGUGAGCGUCAAGCCGGCGAGGCUCCAGUUCCGGCGGGCCGGGGACAAGCUCAGGUACACCGUCACGUUUAGGUCGGCGAACGCCAGGGGGCCCAUGGACCCCGCCGCGUUUGGGUGGCUGACGUGGAGCAGCGACGAGCACGAGGUCCGGAGCCCCAUAUCGUACACCUGGGAGAUGUAGCAGCGCUGAUCGCUAUGGAGUCACGGUGGGGCCGGGAGAUGUAUUGAAAUUUGCAUUGGGUGGGCCGGCGGCGGUGAUGGCGGGAGGAUUACCGGUGGCCGGAAGAGUUCUGUCUUCCGGCGAAGCUCGGCGCCUCGGUGCCUAUGGAGGCUAUAUUAUUAUUAAUUUUUGUAUCAGCUGCAGCCCAGCAAACUAUUGGUAUAUCUGUUAAUCUGAAAAUAAGGAAGAUGUUAAAUUGUUACUCCUUCAUUGUUUCAGGCGGCCCAUCCAAACCAUUGGAUAGAUGAAAGUAUGAUGGCUCAUAGUCCAUCUACAACCUCCUGUUAGCUUUAGUAUGGCCUUGUUUGGUUCCAAAGCGCUUGCUAGCGCUAUAAAGGGAAUCUUGCAUGCAUGGUGUGCUAAAUGAAGUCUAUUUGUAAAACUUUUUCA